AAGCCCUCCACACUCACUCUUCUUCACUCACCGCUCUUCUUCUUCUUCUUCUUGAUCUUGAUCUGAAUUCACUCACUGAUCUUCUUCUUCUUCUUCUUGAUCUUCAUCUUGACUCACCGCUCUUCUCCUUCUGCUUCUUCUUGAUCGUGAUCUUGAUCAUCUGAUCUGAUCUUGCGGUGGUAAUGGCUGCAUCAGUAGAUCCUCUGGUGGUGGGACGGGUGAUAGGAGAUGUGAUAGAUAUGUUCAUUCCAAGUGUGAAUAUGAGUGUGUAUUAUGGAGCUAAGCGUGUCACUAAUGGCUGUGAUGUCAAGCCUUCUCUUGCUGUUCUUCCUCCUCAACUCACCAUUUCUGGCCUCCCUCAUGACCUCUAUACUCUGGUGAUGACAGACCCUGAUGCACCAAGUCCCAGUGAACCCACCAUGCGAGAGUGGGUACAUUGGAUAGUGGCAGAUAUACCAGGCGGUACAAAUCCUACUAAAGAGAUAUUGGCGUACGUGAGUCCUCGACCGCCGGUGGGAAUACACCGCUACAUCCUGGUGCUAUUCCGGCAACGGAAGGCGCUGGGAAUGAUGGAGCAACCUCAAUCUAGGGCUAAUUUCAACACGAGGAUGUUCGCUGCACAUUUGGAGUUGGGGCUGCCGGUUGCUACUGUGUAUUUCAACGCCCAGAAGGAGCCGGCGGCACGUAGGCGCUGAUUAUAUAUGAGCCUCAGGCCUUGAUUACCAGCUACUCCACCAGUUUUAAAACCAGCUUUGCUUUAUGCGUUUUUUUUUUUUUUCCUUUUUUCUUUUCUUUUUUCAUUUCUUUGAGUAAACAAUCUCUUUUUGGCUAUUAACUCUAGUUUCGUCUCC